AUGCUCAGAGAAAAGAAGAAAGAGAAGGCUGAAGCCGCCCAAAGCAAGAAGACUACCUACUGCAAUGGCAUGUCUCAGUUCCUCCCAACUCAUAACUCAUUGGAAGGUAAGAAAGUUGCUGUUGUCAAUUUGGAUCCUGCUAACGGUGCAUUGCCCUAUGAAUGUGCUGUGAACACAGAGGAUCUUAGAAAACUAAGUGAUGUAGUGGUGGAGCACACUCUUGGUCCAAAUGGAGCUGAGCUCGUACUAAGUUUUUAA